AUGUUCGACCAUCAAACAUCUAAAAAAUAUCUAAGAAAACUUGUUAACUCUGGUUUAUCUUUUUCAGAUUGUUUGCAGACUAUAGAACAGUAUAAAUUAAAUAGUUUAUUUAAUGGUAUACAUGAUGAAGCAAAAUUAAUUAGCAAAAAUCAAGAUCAAAAAUUAGCUGAUAUUUUUGAAAAAAAUUCAUUAAUAGAGUUACCAAUUGGUAUAAAAGCAUCCGAUUUUAUAUGCUUUCCUCCUGAUGUUUUACCAUAUACUAUAAAAGACAAUACAAAUAUAAUCAAACUAGAUUAUAAUUGUUCAGAAAUAAAUGGAACAGGUUUUGGUAGUAUGUACACCCUGCCUAUUAAUCAAUUAGAAACUAUUCUUAAUUCAUAUAAAAAUGCUGCCUGUAAAAUUAAGGAAGAAUGCCAAAAAAAUGGAGAGCACCCAUUGAUAGUUGUGGCUAAUUCUGGUCGGGAAAGUGCAGAGCGUAUAAAUGGUGAAUAUCUAAAAUCAGCAAAUAGCAAAGUAAUUUGGGAAAAAUUAUCUAUUGUUAAUGAAUUUGCAGAACAGAUAGGUUCAUUAAAAACUCCUUGCUAUGUUGGAACGAUUGAUAACAUUACAAAAUCCUAUUUCAUGCAAAUUGAUAUUGCUCAAAUGAAUUUUAAUAAAAAGGUUUUAAAUGAAGAUGAAUAUAACAAGGAAAUCAAUAAUGCGUAUGCUUGUGCUACAAUUUCUAUGCAAAAAUAUGCUAAUAAACCAAUGGUAUUGCUAGGUUAUUCCAGAGAUAUUGUAGAGUGCUGCAAUAUUAAACAUGGUCAGCCAUAUUUAUUUGGUCGGCCGAUUAAUGGAUUUGUUAACGACCGGGCAGCAUUAAAUCUUAGCAAAAAAGAAAAUAAAAAGCUUGAUUAUAAGAAAAUUCACAUCAUGAACGUAUCAUUUGAAGAAGGCGGUGACAAGUUUUCUACUGCUUUGGCACGUGAAAAAUUUCAUACUAGCAAGGAAUUUAAGGAAUUAUCAACUCUAGCUCAAAAUAGAGGUUUUACCUAUGAUGUUUGUGGUCUAGAUAAAUUAUAUCAUUUUCAAAAUGAUGAAGAGUUAAGUUUAGUAUCUAAUAUGAACGAUAAUGAUCUUGCUGCUUAUAGAAUGCGAUACUUUCGAGGAGUUAACGAAAAAGAUGGCAUUAACGGUAUUAUAAAAGCAUUAGACGAUUUUAAAAAACUAGGAAUGAAACCUUUGUACAAACCUAGUGGCAGUGGGCAGAGUAAGGGAAUUAUAGGAUAUAAAACUGGUGAGUCAAACAACAGUUUUAAACAACGUUUUUGUGAAAACUUAAAGAAAAUAGAAAAAGAAUUUGGUAAAGGUGCUGGUUAUCCAUUUUUUGUUAUGCCAAUUUUAAAACUUGCCCAAACUAAAAAAGGAGAAGUGUACGAUCUGAGAUUUGCUGUUUAUCAAAAAAUAAAUUGUGCUGGUAAUUCUUCUAUUCAUACAAUUCCACUAGUAUUAAGAAAAACACCAGAUAUAAUAAAAGACAAAUCUGGGGAGGAUAAUGAUUACUAUCCAACAAAUAUAACUUUAUCAAGAUUAAAAACCGGAAGACCAGGAACAGAUUUUAUGAUUCCUUUAUGCAGAGAAGAUAGUUUAAAACAGGUUAAUCUUACACAAGAUCAGAUUAAAAGUAUGUGUUUAUAUUUCAGUGCAUUUUAUUGUUGGCUGUUAAAAACCAAAUAUUCUUGUUAACUGUUCUUGCCGAAUAAUAUAUUAGAUAAAUUUUGAUUUAUGUUUUAGUAGCUUAAAUUUUUGAUAAACACAGGUUACCCAUAAAUACGGGACACAAAAGACUAGAAGAUUCUGAAAGAUUGAAAGACUGAAAGAUUCGUAAACGCAUCAAAGGUUUUAGAAGUAUGAUACCAUGUUAUUUUUUUUUAAUUUUCGUAAUUUUACGUUUGAUUUUGUAUUAUAUCCUUUUGAAUAUUUAUCAUUAUGUUAGAUAUCAAUCAUCCAUUUCUACAUUUUAGAUUUAGGGCGUAACGAGAGAGAUCUAUUGGUUAUGUUAUCAUGUAUAUUUUUUGUUCUGCUGUCUGUAAACAACUAUCCAAAAAGUGCUUGCCCCGAUGUGUAG